AUGUUGCCCGCACCAGCCUCUCAGGUGCGCCAAAACUACCACCCCGACUGCGAGGCCGCCGUCAACAGUCAAGUCAACCUGGAGCUCCACGCCUCCUACGUGUACCAGUCCAUGGCCUUCUACUUCGACCGCCACGACGUGGCCUUGAAGCACUUCGCCCGCUUCUUCCUGGUCCGCUCCCAGGAGCAGAGGGAGCGAACCAAGGGCCUGAUGCGCCUGCAGAACCGUCGCGGGGGCCGUUUCUCUCUCCGAGACAUCAGGAAGCCGGAACGCAGCAAUUGGGAGAGCGGCCUCAGGGCCUUGCAAUGUGCCUUGCUCCUGGAGAAGCGCGUCAACCAGAGCCUGCUCGACCUGCACCAGCUGGCCACCGACAAGAGGGACCCCCAACUGCGUCACUUCCUGGAGACUCACUACCUCAGCCGGCAGGUGGAUUUCAUCAAAGAGCUGGGGAAUCAUGUCACCAGCCUGAGCAAGAUGGGGGCCCCGGAUGUCGAAAUGGCAGAGUACCUCUUUGAGAGGCUCAUCCUGGGUGACGGCGACAAGAAGAACUGA